AUGGUCCCUUGGUUUGGCAGGGCCGCCCUCGGCCGUCUAACCCACUGGGCGUUCGACGCCGUCCUCAUCUCCGCCUUCCUCGCCGGCGUCAAGCGAUCGACAGGUCUCACCAUCCGACCGGACUCCUUCUCCGAUUCCCCCAACAUGAAGAAGUGGAUCGAGAAUUACCUCUGGGUGGGCGAUGUCGUGCUGGACCAGAGCGUGGCCCUGAUGAGCUCGAGCGGAUACUUCGAGAGGAAGCGGUGA